AGGGUCCCUUCCUUGGUUACCUGGCCCGGCUCCUGCAGGUCAGGCAGCCUCGGCGUGAGCAGGUGGACAGUCCCGGGGUUAGGAAGGGCCCCGGGCCCCCUCGCCAUGGCUGCCCUGCUGCUGCCCCUGCUUCUGGCCUUGGGGCUGGCCGAGCCAGCGGCUCUCCUCGCUCUCAACAUGACCUUCAACCCAAGAACGGGGACCCUCCGCUGGUCCUGCCCGGAGAACGCGACAGAGACCUGGUGCCAGCUGGAGCAGCUGCACAACAAUGAACAAAUCAAGAUGCACGCCAGCCCAGACUGCAGCUGCAGCUUCGAAGUUACCCUGCACGGGGGCGUGGCUCUGACGCUGCUGGUGACUGUCAAUCAAACAGUCCUCAAGGACGAACUCCUGUACAGCAACCCAGGCCUUCCAGCCACAGCAGCCAGGAACUUCUCCUGCUCGGUGGUCUACGAUGCGGAUGUCAUGAACUGCACCUGGAGCAGAGGCGCGGCCGCCCCCUGGGACGUCCAGUACCACCUGUACCUGCGACCCUCCAGGCAAGGGGUGAGCACGGAACGGGAAUGCCCGAGCUACAUGGCCAGGGCGGGCACACAUCUGGGCUGCCUCCUGCGUGGCCUGUCCGGCUUCCCCUUCCGCACCUACUUCCUCGUGAACGGCAGCAGCCGGCUCGGGGCCGUCCAGUUCUUCGACGCCAUUCUCUCCAUGAAGGACAUGGAACGGUUCAGCCCGCCAGCCAAUACCUCGGUCCAGUGCAACGCCUCCCACUGCCUCAUCCGCUGGACGCAGCCCAGGACGCUGCAGCGACUGUCCUACCUGGACUUCCAGUACCAGCUGGACAUCCACAGAGAAAGCCUGGAACCUACCAGCUCCGAAUUUUGGAUUGAGGUCCCUGGUGCUGUGGAGAAUAUGUACACGUUUCCCUGCCCGGAGCCCCGGGUCAGGCACGCCGUGAGGGUUCGGGCAGCGGACUCCAGGCUGUUGCAGUGGAGUGCCUGGAGCCAGCCCGUCCACUUCGGCUUCGAUCCCGAGACUGGCGGCCUCAUGCGCGUGUCCCUCCUGGUGGUCUUGGGGACCCUCGUGUGUGCCCUGCUCCUGGGUUUUGUGGUUAACAGGUAUUUUAGGACGUGUGGCCUCUUCUCUCGGAUCCCCCAGGUCAGAGAUAAAUGGAAUGACCAGCCAGAUGCGGAUCACCAGGUGGCCUGGGACAAGUUGCCAACUGGUCCAGGAGAUGGCGAGAAUGAGCAGGUGUUAACAGUGGAGGAAGUAAGCCAGGACUCCGACCGGCGUCUGUGAUUCCGCUGGUACCUGCCUUCUGGAAAGUCCUGUGGACCCUGGGGUCAUCUGUACCAUUUCUUUUGGGGUUUUUAUUAUUAUUAUUUCACAUAAAAGUGGACUUCUUA